UACGUACAUUUUUUUAUACCCAAAAAAUGACUUUUAUUUCAUCUGUCAUCGUUUUAAAUGUUUCUAUCAUUUUAUUGAUGUUAAUUGCAUUUUCCAAUAUUACGUUUGUGUAUCAAAUACAGUCUUUAGAAUUGUAUCAACUUGCAAACUUAGAUGAUCCAGAUUAUGAAACAUAUUUGUUACAACCAAAGGCACAAUAUGAAAAAAAAUUGAAUAUUCAAGAAUAUUUUAGAUCAAUAAACAAAUUUAAACUGUCAGGUGAGAAAACUUGGAAUGCCCGACUUCAAAAUACUGGAAAUUCCUGUGUUUCUUAUAGAACUGUGGAAUUUGCAGUUGAAGAGUAUUAUACUAAGACAUUUAAGAAUACGAUUGAAAAACUAACAGAGUGCUGUAAGGGUAAAUGUUCCGAAAACGUUUGCUCGGCCGAAUAUCAACUUCAAAAUAUUUUAGAUAUCGUACAUUCAAAUUCUAAUAACGACUAUAAUCCAGUGGUUCCUAGUGGUUGUGCAAGUUGUUUAUUUAAUUUGAAAAAACUAUUUAAGAAUAAUCCUGAGGUAAUUCUCAACAAAAAAAUUGGAGCCAUUGAUGAAGCAUUAAACUCAGAACCACGUAAAAAACAAUUUUAUCAGUGUUUUCAAGAUUUUAAAAAUGCAGUGUUUAACAUGAAAAUAAAAAAUGCUAAUUACCCAAUAAAGGCUACUAACAUUGACAUAAGUUAG